AUGAUCCCCCACUGUAAUCCUUCCCGCAUCGCAGCGGCCCUCUCCGCGCAGCGCUCCCAUACCUUCAAGGCCUUUUAUGCCACUGUGCGCGGCAGAGCGGCUCCUCCAGAACCAUCCGACGAUUUUCCUCCUCCAGACAACGACUUUAUCUUGUCAAUAUUGCGCACGAACCCAUCGCUUAGGGAUGCCCGCUCUUACCUCGCAUCAUUUGGCCUUCGCCCCAAUUCCCAACCAUCACCCAACGAGACAAAAUUACCUGUCUCUAGCACAAUCCCCUCUGGUUCCUCACCUGUCCUCUCCACCAAGUCAACCACAGACGUCCAAGAGGCUCCCCAGCCGAGUCCGGUCAUUGCAUCCAUACUCAAUCCUGUAUACCGCCGCACCUCUCUUGUCAAGAUCCAAGGUCCAUUCACGGACAAGCAGCUAGAAAGUAUAUGUCGCGGCCUCGUCUACCUCGAAAAGCUCGGCCUAGUCAGCGUCAUCGUUGUCGAGAACGACGAGCGGACCCGCGGAGAGGAGGACGAACGUGCGUCCAUAGUAGACGAGACGAUGCGCAUCGUCACCAACCUCGAGAGGCAGGGUUCGCGAGCUCGUCCUAUUGUUGGUGCGGUGGUCAGGCUAGGACCCAAGCAAGAGGAUUCAGAAGCAACUCCUCCGUCGGCCGAUCCAGAUUUCGAACCGCCCGAGACCCACAUCUUACCCUCUGACCUGACCCCAAUCCGUUCUGCGCUGAGGGCAGGCGAGAUCCCUGUAAUUGCGCCCUUCGCCCUUGAUUCAUUUUGUCGGUCCGUUCGCGUAGACGCGAACGACGUUAUCGCCGGCCUUGCGCGAGGCAUGGUGGGAGCUUCAGCCCUGGAUAGGGCCAAGAGCCGCGCUGUCGAAGACGGCAAUCUCGACUUCUCGGACGAAGUCGACCUUACACCGCUGCGUCUCAUGAUCAUCAACCGAGAUGGGGGUGUACCGUCAUAUGCGCGGUCAGGGUAUCCGCACCUGCUCAUUAAUCUGACGUCGGAGUACCAGCAUAUUCAUGAGACCUUCGACCCACGGUGGUACCACUCAAAUCCGUCUGCCCUCUCUAACCUCGCCCUCGCGCGCACAUGUCUAGCGUACAUGCCGACAACGUCCUCCGCCAUCAUGGUCUCCCAUAAAUCACCAAGCUCACUCAUCGGGAACCUCAUCACGAACAAGCCUGCGGUUAGCUCCAGCCUUCCUCACGCCCUCCUACAAGGAAAUCGGAGUCUCACACCCCACACUCCAACACUUCUCCGACGCGGCCUUCCUAUUCAAGUAUUACGAUCCGUCGCAGACAUCGACAAAACCAAAAUGAAUGCUCUGCUCGAGCAGUCUUUCCAGCGUACGUUAGACGAAGACGCGUUCUAUACCCGCCUCGAGAAGACGCUCGACUUUGUCAUUGUCGCCGGUGAUUAUGCCGGGGCCGCGAUCGUCACGAACGAAUCAUCGAAGAAAGGUGGCGAGCCCAUCUCGUACCUCGACAAGUUCGCAGUGCUUCCUAGCCAUCAGGGCGACGGUACCGUGGACUUCCUGUGGGUCGCGCUGCACGAUGAGUCGUACGGACUGGGCCAUCCUUUCUCUGCUAACCCGAACGGUGGGCGCGGAGGCAAGGGUGAGGGGCGCGAUCUCGUUUGGCGGAGUCGGUCGAAUAAUCCCGUCAACAAGUGGUAUUUCGAACGCAGCACGGGGCAUGUCCGGAUGGGACCCUGGGCUCUGUUUUGGUGCGACGGGGAGAAGCGUCUGAAGAUCGAAGAAGGCCGCCGUGGUAGCUCCGGACUUUCAUACAUUGAAGAGUGGGAAAAAGGCAGGCUCUCCCACUGGGCCGACAUCGUCUCGAAGAUCCCUUCGGCCUGGAAGUAA